CUUUCCGUUUUACUCAUGACACGUGUGCUCUGUUUCUUCAGGGAUUUUCUUCACUGGUAUACGCCACAAAUCCAGUACAAGAACCCCAACGUCCAGCUGGUGGCCAUGAAGGACAUGAUGCCGUCUCCCUUCAUCAGAUUAUUCCUCGAUGGUGAUGAGGAGGUAAUUGUCGACGCGGAAGGAAAAACAAAAGAAGACAUCCUCUCUCAUCUGACGAAGAUUUUAGGAAAAUCCCAAUCUGUGUUAGCAGCGGAGGAGAAGGAGGCGCAGAUAGUUGAAAACAAAUCGAACUUCGGCGUGGGCUGCGGCCGCUACUGCAUUUGUGAGGUGCCCGGCCAGGUGCCCUGUCCCUCCGUCGUCCCGUUGCCAAAGGCGUGGCGGGGGAAAUACAAAACGGCGACAUGGACGACGACUGACUUGUGCCAGUGUUGGUGUGUGUCUCGUGUUAUGGUGUCGUCUAGUGUUAGCAAUAUAUUAUGGCGCUGUGAGCUGAUUUUCGCCUUUUCUUGAUAGGUGGCUCCCAACGGGCGCAUGCGUGUAGUUAGGUCGUCUCCCGCUGACAUCGGGUCAUGCUGGUAGUAAAAAGGAACUGCAAA